GCUUCUUCCACUGUGACUUAGAGUUGUCUUGCUCAGCUGAACGAUAUUCACAUACGUGGAGGACACCAUCGAACCACGAUACGCAUGGGGAUAUUAUCCCGUUAUACACGAGUAUAAAUCUGACUCGACUUGUGAGAGAUUUUGACUGUCUGCCCUUUACCCAACUAUUCAUCACUGACUCACCCAUGUCUUCAACUCAAACGGAAGUGCAGACUACAGCUGAAGCCAAGCUGGGGCCGAGUUCUUCCGCAUCUAUUCGAGCUCGGUCUCCUCAACCUCCUGAAUCUUUUCUUGUUGACCAGGGUUCUGAACCGAUUCAAUUGGCCGAAUUGGGACAUCGCAAUAGCCAUGGUAGCAAAUCUCAAGUAGACGUCGCCAAGAACAGUGCGACACCAUCUGUAGCGUCUUUCUUUGAACAGACGUCCAAGUCCACUCGUUGGAAAGCGAAUCUACAGUUUUUCACCCUAUGUUGGACGUUAUUUUUGGCUGGUUGGAAUGAUGGAACAACCGGUCCACUCUUGCCUAGGAUCCAAAGUGUUUACCAUGUCGGCUACGCCGUUGUGUCAUUGAUCUUCGUCUUCAAUUGCAUCGGUUUCGUGAGCGCAGCCGCUGCGAAUGUCUACCUAACCGAUAGAUUUGGUUUUGGCAAGGUCAUGGUCUUGGGUUCGAUGGCGCAGGUAAUCGGGUAUGCAAUCGCCUCACCGGCUCCUCCGUUCCCUGUUCUUGUGUUAGCCUAUGCCAUCAAUGGCUUUGGCCUAGCGCUUCAGGAUGCUGGAGCUAACGGAUAUGUUGCGAGCUACAAACAUGGGGCUGUUACAAAAAUGGGUGUUCUGCAUGCGGUAUAUGGCGUCGGAGCGCUGACAGCUCCUUUGGUUGCGACCCAGUUCUCCCAUAUGCCUCGCUGGUCGUUCCAUUUUUUAACGUCCUUAGGUAUUGCACUGUCUAAUGUAAUCCUGCUCACUGCGGUGUUCCGCCUCAAAACCCAAGACGAGUGUCUCGCGCAGAUUGGACAGCUACCUCAAGAGACGUCAUCGACCAAUGAGGACAACAAGUACCGUCAAAUCUUUAGAAUGAAAGAAGUUCAUCUGCUGGCAGUCUUUAUCUUAAUUUACGUCGGUGUUGAAGUCACUCUUGGUGGCUGGAUUGUGACGUACGUCAUCAAGGAAAGGGGAGGCGGAACUUCGUCUGGUUACGUCUCUUCAGGUUUCUUCGGUGGGCUUACCCUCGGGCGUGUUGCACUUCUCUGGGUCAACAAGAAGAUUGGAGAACGCCGUGUAAUAUUUAUCUACGUGGUUUUGGCCAUCGCGCUCGAGCUCGUUGUUUGGCUCGUACCCUCACUGAUCGGCGGUGCAGUAGCCGUCUCCUUCGUUGGUCUGUUGCUCGGACCUAUCUACCCAAUUGUCAUGAACCACUCCGCACGCAUCCUUCCACCUUGGCUUCUGACAGGAAGUAUCGGUUGGAUUGCUGGAUUUGGCCAAGCGGGGUCCGCGUUCUUGCCCUUUUUGACCGGUGCUAUUGCUUCUAGCAAAGGCAUAGGGAGUUUGCAACCUUUGGUUGUUUCUAUGAUGGGAUUUAUGUUAUUCCUUUGGUUCAUGGUACCAAAUUCUGCCCGGCGAGUGGAUUAGUACUGCUGAGAUCUUAUGUCUUUGAAGAUGAAUAAUAACAGUUGUAUAGAUGGUCUCUGGGUACAUGUAAAAAUAUAGUUUGAAGACAGGCAAGCUUCUC